GCGCAUCGGCCUCUGGAGGCAGCGCCCUCAGCGUGUGGCCGCUGCUGCCGCAGCACCGGCGCGUCCUCGCUGGGCGCCUCUCUCGGAGCCUCGCUGCGCCCUGCCCUCGGCCCCGGCCCCGGCCCCGGCCCGGGGACUGCGAGCCCGGUGCCCCCAGCCCCGCGGCCCACCGGGGCUCGGCUCCUCUGCCCCCGCCCGAGGCGGGGCCGUGUCCGUGUCUGCGUCCCUGCUGCAGCAUGAAGAGGCUCCUGGGGCUCUUCGGCAAGGGGCCGCCUGCGCGCGGCAGCGCUUCCCUGCCCUGCAUGGGCGCCGCCUACGAGCUCCGCGAGAAUGAGCUGGGCAAGCUGCACCGCGCGGCCGCCAGCGGCGACCUGGCGCAGGUGCGGCGGCCACGGUGGCUGCUGAGACCCGGCCUCAACGGGCGGGACCAGGCGAAGCGGACACCUCUGCAUCUUGCUUGCGCUAAUGGACAUGCGGAGGUUGUUUCGUACUUAGUAGAGAGGAAGUGCAAGCUCAAUCCUCGUGAUAAUUUUGAGAGAUCGCCACUGAUGAAGGCGGUACAGUGCCAGCAAGAACAAUGUGUCGCCAUUCUGCUAGCGCAUGGUGCCGACCCUAAUCUUGCAGAUGCUCUCGGCAACACUGCCCUUCACCUCGCUGCCCUUGCUCCUAACACCUCUCUAGCAGGGCAGUUACUGGAGCACAAUGCCCAUAUUGAUGCGCAGAAUAAGGUGGGAUACACGCCCCUCGCUCUUGCCGUGUCCGAGCAUCACAAAGAGAUGGUGGAGUUCCUGCUUAGAAAAGGAGCUGACGUGCACACUCGAGAUCAGCCUGAAAGGACCCCUCUUAUGCUUGCUGCUUCUGCUGGGGACAUGAGCAUCAUAGAAGUUCUUCUUGGCUACAGUGCUGAUCUUUCCCAGAAAGACAUUCUGGGACGGACAGCAGAAGAUUAUGCUGCUACUUCUGGGCACGCUCAUGUUAGUCAACACCUGGCAGACUGCACAGAGAAGAAAAAUGCGGGAGAAGCUUCUGCAGGCGGCACAAGAGGCAUGCCAGUGCUUAGCACGCCUCCUGGAGCAGGAGCUGCUGGCUUUGCAUUGGGUGCCUGUGCUCUGGCUGGCGGAGUGAGAGACGACAUUUCGCAUGGCUACUUUGUAAGCCUGAUGGAGGAAGAGGAGAGUGAUGACAGCCUUCCUGCUUGUGAGAAAGAAAGACGCUGUUUAGCUGCCAAGAUGAGGUGUUUGGCGUUGGGAGUGGGCUGUGAUGAAGAAUCCGAUUCUGGUGCUGAAACCCCCCCUGUACUGCUGGAGAUGCAGGCAUGUUUGAUUUUUAAGCGGGCUCUGUUUCUUUCAGUGACCUUUGAGAGACUGUCGCAGAUGUUGUCUGUGAAGAGCUACUGCAGCCUAGAGGAGUCACCUGAAGGGGAGGGAGAGGAGGCUGCUGGUGGUCCUCCAGCUGCGAAUGCUGCAGAAGCCCCUGCUGGUGUGAGAGUUGUGCUGCGUCAGUGA